CGCGAACAGCCACCCUGCGAUCGCAUAUGGAGAGCACAUAGCCGCUGCCUCCACUGCAACGCCCGCGGCGCCUCUGCCGACCACCGCCCUGCCGACCACCUGCCAACACGCCCGCCCGCCUACAGCCCCCAUGAGCCAUGGCAGCUCCACAUGAAUACCACCAGCCGAAUGCGCCAGACGAAGACUCCGACCUCGAGCUCGACCUCGAAGAGCUCGACCCACUCGCCGCCCGCCCGCGCCCGUCCGUCUCGCCGCCGCGCCGCCCCUCGAAAGAGCAGCGAAAGCCGUACCACGAGCUCGGCGCCCGGAUACCGCUCAGGAACCUGCGAGUAGGGCGCUUGCGGGGGAACAGGAGGAAGGAAGAGGCCGAAGAGGAGGAUCUCAGAGGCCUGAUCGACGACGACGAGAGGGAGAACCGCAACUCGGCCGGCAGCUAUGGGCAGUCGGGCGACGACGACUCGCCGCUGCUGCCAGCCAGCACCAACCCCCGCCGAGCCACCCAGCGCAAGCCGAGCGCCCUGUCCAAGCUGAGCGCCGGCCUGCGCCUGCCGAGCUUCCUCUCCAGACAAGACGCCGGCGCCAUCCAUCUGGGCGAGGACGGCGCAGACAACGAUGCCGACGAGGAGCACGACCCUACCACCCAGCGCACCAUCUCCGUUGGCGCGCUGCAGACAUCACGAUUUCCCGCAAAUGCCGUUUCCAACGCAAAAUAUACCCCUUGGAGCUUUCUGCCACGCACCCUGUAUAAUGAGUUUUCCUUCUUCAUCAACAUGUACUUCUUGCUUGUAGCAAUGUCGCAACUCAUCCGGCCUCUGCGCCUCGGCUACCUUUCGACCUAUAUUGCCCCGCUGGCCUUUGUUAUUUGCAUAACUCUCGGGAAAGAAGCACUCGACGACAUUGCCCGUCGGCGCAGAGACGCAGAAGCCAACUCCGAAGGCUACACCGUCUUGAAGUUCGAGGAGAACGGUGUCGGUGCUGGCGUUGCGCCUGGCCAAACCUCGCGUCGGAGGAACAGACUCAGGAGAAGCAGGAGGGAAGAGAGUCGGCUGGCUGAGAUUGAAGAUGAGGAGCAGCAGCUGUCGACAGAAGGAUUGGCCACAUGCACAUACACUGAAGUGGUCAAGCCGUCCAAGAACUUGAAGGUUGGCGACGUUGUGAAGCUCGGCAAAGAUCAGAGAGUGCCCGCCGACAUGGUUGUGCUCAAGAGUCUGGUCGCCGACAACGCAGCUGCAUCCGCGACACCUGUCCCUGGUAACGAGGUACCCAAGCUUCUUGAUGAUGAGGUUGAAGCUGCGCCUCAGAAAGUUGAGAGCGCCGCGUCCACCGGACCCUCAGGCGAAGCUUUCAUCCGUACUGAUCAACUCGAUGGUGAGACCGAUUGGAAGUUGCGGUUAUCUUCGCCUCUGACGCAGAACCUGCACGUCGGCGAGUACACACGGCUUCGUGUUGUUGCCGGCAAACCAGACAGGAAGGUCAACGAGUUCUACGGCACGGUAGAGCUGCAGCCAAAACGCCAACGACAAUACGACCCUCACGACUCCGAAGAGCCGCAGACUCAAGAAACCCAGUCUGCCCCGCUCAACAUCGACAACACUAUCUGGGCAAACACUGUGGUAGCUUCGAGCUGCAGUCUGCUUGCCGUCGUCGUCUACACCGGUCCCCAGACACGACAAGCCCUCUCCACAUCGCCGUCACGUUCGAAAACUGGUCUGCUGGAACUCGAAAUCAACGCGCUCACAAAGUGGUUGUGCGUCUUUACAUUAUCGCUGUCUUUCAUCCUCGUAGCACUCGCCGGUUUCCGUGAAAUCGACGGCCGUGAAUGGUAUGUCAACAUGAUGCGGUUCCUGAUCCUCUUCUCUACCAUCGUGCCCGUCGGUCUGCGUGUCAAUCUCGACAUGGGCAAGUCGGUCUAUGCGUGGUUUAUCGAGCACGACGAAAGUAUCAAAGGAACUGUUGUCAGGACAAGUACAAUUCCGGAAGAUCUCGGUCGGAUCGAGUACCUGUUAAGCGACAAGACAGGUACUCUGACCCAAAAUGAGAUGGCCAUGAAGAAGAUCCACGUUGGAACGGUAUCGUAUGCCAACGAAGCGAUGGACGAAGUCUCGACAUAUGUUCAGCAAUGCUUUACGCCCCCUGCCGGCGAGGAGCCUUCCCUCGUCACUCCAUCGUCAGCCUACACUGUCCCACUCACCUCAGCCACCCGCACACGCCGAGAAAUCGGGUCUCGAGUUCGCGACGUCGUCCUGGCGCUUGCCCUCUGCCACAACGUCACCCCCACUACCGAGGAGGAGAAUGGAGAACUCGUUACCACGUACCAGGCUUCGUCGCCCGAUGAGAUUGCCAUCGUCCGCUGGACAGAGGCUGUUGGGCUGAAGCUGCUCCAACGCGAUCGAGAAUCAAUGACGCUCGAGUCGGUCAACAGUGGCAGUGCGGUUGUGCGAGUUCGCAUCCUCAACACCUUCCCCUUCACGUCUGAAGGCAAGCGAAUGGGCAUCGUGGUCAAGUUCUAUCACGGACUGGUCGACUCGCCGACCGACGAAGACGGUGAAAUCUGGUUCUACCAGAAGGGUGCUGACACUGUUAUGACCACUAUCGUGGCUGCCAACGACUGGCUCGACGAGGAGACGGCAAACAUGGCCCGAGAAGGACUUCGGACUCUCGUCGUUGGGCGGAAGAAGCUUUCGGCUCAGAACUACCAGGACUUCUCGAGCAAGCUCGCUCAAGCAUCGAUGGCUCUUCACAACCGCGACGCAGGUGUGGCAGACGCCAUCAGCGAAUACCUCGAGCGCGACCUAGAGCUCCUCGGCGUCACUGGUGUCGAGGACAAGCUGCAGAAAGACGUGAAACCCUCGCUCGAACUCCUCCGCAAUGCUGGUAUCAAGAUCUGGAUGUUGACCGGCGACAAAGUCGAGACUGCUCGCUGCGUGGCCGUGAGCUCCAAGCUCGUUGCAAGAGGUCAAUACAUCCACACCAUUGAAAAGAUGAAACGCAAAGACCUCGCGCACUCGUCCCUCGACUUCCUCCGCGGCAAGACUGACGCCUGCCUCCUCAUCGACGGCGAGUCCCUCGCCCUCAUGCUGACCCACUACCGCUCCGACUUCAUCUCGAUCGCGGUCCAACUCCCCACCGUCGUCGCGUGCCGCUGCUCGCCCACGCAAAAAGCCGACGUCGCGCGCCUCAUCCGCUCAUACACCAAGAAACGCGUGUGCUGCAUCGGCGACGGCGGCAACGACGUCUCCAUGAUCCAAGCAGCCGACGUCGGCGUCGGCAUCGUCGGCAAAGAAGGCCGCCAGGCCUCGCUCGCCGCCGACUUCAGCAUCGACCAGUUCUGCUACCUGGUCAAGCUGCUCGUGUGGCACGGGCGCAACUCGUACAAGCGCAGCGCCAAACUCUCGCAGUUUGUCAUCCACCGCGGCCUCAUCAUCAGCAUCUGCCAGACCGUGUACAGCAUCGCCACCGCCUUCGAGCCCAACGCGCUCUACAAGGACUGGCUGCUUGUCGGAUACUCGACCAUCUACACCAUGAUGCCCGUCUUCUCGCUCGUGCUCGACCGCGACGUCGACGAGAGCCUGGCGAACUUGUACCCGGAGCUCUACGCCGAGCUGAAAACAGGCCGCAGCCUCAGCUACCGCAGCUUCUUCAUCUGGGUCGCCGUCAGCAUCUACCAGGGCUCCGUGAUCCAGGGCCUGUCCCAGCUCCUCGUGGGCGUCGACGUCGAUACCUCCCUCACCUUUGCCCGCAUGCUGAGCGUCAGUUUCUCCGUCCUCGUGCUCAACGAGCUGGUCAUGGUCGCCAUGGAGGUGACCACGUGGCACUGGCUGAUGGUCGCCAGCAUCGUCGGCACAGGGGGGAUCUACGUCGCCUCUGUGCCUUUCCUGGGCGGCGGCGGGGUCGUCGCAGACGGGUACUUCGACUUGGAUUUCGUGGCCAGCGUGCCGUUUUGGUGGAAGGCUGCGGUGGUGGCGGCGGUUGCGCUGGUGCCGCCGUAUGCGGUGAAGAUUGUGGGGCGCACGCUGAAGCCGCCGAGUUAUCGGAAGGUGCAGGGCGUGUAGAGUCAGUGAUCAAGAUCAAGGGAUGAAGGGGUGGAGGGUUGGGGUGCUGGGGUGUGGUGUGGUGAAGUCGUUUCUGGGCCUUUUGAUCGCGUUGCAUAGCGUGCGAAUUGCAUUUCUUUCCUGCCCCCGUGCGUCGGAUCCACCGCGAUGCUACACAGUGAGCACUCACGUCCACAAGACCUGGCACUGACUGGAACAGCAUGAGAGCUUAUAAUACUGGUAUACACCAGCAACACCAUCACCAUCCAACACCCAACCUAAUAGCAGCGAGAGCCGCAAGACAGAGGCAGAGCCCCACGCUGUCU